AUGUCAUUCAAAAUAUCGCUUCCAACUGAACCUCAACGUAGAAAAACCCGAACUUGGUCCUCACAAGAGGAUCAACGGCUGAUCCAGGCCGUUGGCAAGUUCGGGAUUGAUAAUUGGUCCCACGUAGCAAAUUACGUUGGAAAUGGCCGUACCAGAGCACAAUGUGCGCAAAGAUGGAAUCGUGGCCUUGAUCCCCGCAUCUCGAGGGAUCAGUGGACACCAGAAGAAGAAAAUAAAUUAAUGGAGCUCGUAGAAUGUCAACAGAUUAAAGGUUGGACCCACAUUGCUAACGAAAUGGGCAAUAGAAGUGACGUCCAAUGCAGAUAUCAUUAUCUCCAAAUGAAAAAGGAAGGAAAGGUACCAUUCAGUCAACAAAAACCUGAUUCUUUGCCGAUGCAAUUUGAAUCAGGUCCACAUUCAUUAGAUUCGAACAUGAAAUUCGCAUUUUCGCCAGAACCAUUCAUACCAAAGAUCCCGGUCGUCAGCUUGCCUCCGGCGUCGUUUAAACAUUUACCGAAAACUAAUAGCAAUCCGCUCGAACAAUUUUCGAACCCUAUGGACAAUAUGAGUCCGGGACAAGUGAAAGUUCCAACUCAUAUUCAAUUUAAUAUCCCUCCACCAACAUAUAAUAGCUCAGAUGUAACCGAUGCUGAUAUCCCAGAUGUUGAGCCCUCGCCAUCAUCUGAAAGCAACCCAGACUUCACAAUUAAGUUACCUGAACUUGACUCAUCUAUUUAUAUGUUGUGGUAA